AUGUCACCAACGGCCAACUACCAACUGGAACUGAACCUCCAGUUCUCCAAACCCACGUCUGUGUCGGACAACGACGUUACCACCUCUGUACCCUCAUCGUCCACAGAGGCCGACAAUAAUGACCAUCAACAACAGCACCAGCACGUACAAUGUGGUGGCCAGAAUAACCAACACACUGCUUUGGACACAUGUCCACCUCUAUCUGUUGACUCGCUCUCCUUGGCAGAGGAGCAAGUGACAGAGUUGAGCUCAGAGGAUGAGUCAUCCCUCACCAGUGCCACUGAUGGUGAGGAGAGUGACCUUGACGACUCGUCAUCCUGUCACUCCUCUGAGCAGUGCACAUACACAGAAGAAGACAUGGAGUCUGAGUCUGACUGUUCAGACCAGUCAGAUGAGGAUGAGGAGGUCGAAAGACCCUCCACAGCCAACAACAACAACAACAUUAACUUGCGCCAGAGUUCAAGAUAUAUUACAACAUUCUGUCAAUCCGACGAUGAGGAUGAGGAAGAGGAAGAGGAGGAGGACGACGAGGAUGAGGACGAUGAAUAUUCAGAUUCAAACUGCAGUAGCGAUUGUAGUUCAGACAGUGACCUCUCCAACCUGGAUGACUUUAUUGAUCUGAUGCCACCCACUUCAUUCUCGAUCAACUACUCGAGUCCAAUCAGAGACCUCGUAAACAGCACCAACAACAACAACAAUAGUAACAGACCUCAUUACUAUCACGAAUCUGAUGAUGACGAUUAUUAUAUAUGCUCAACGAGACGAGCAAACAACAGCGUUCAGCCACAGACAAAGGAAACGGACAAAGUCAUUCACAAUGCCCUGCGCUAUUCCAUGAACAACGGACUCAACACCAGUGCCAUACCGUGGUGGCUCAACUUUGAAGACGAGAAUCACAUUCAGGCCAUCUUCAAGGAGUAUGCCGAGUUCCUUCAGUUGGAGAACGAGAUCAAGCGUAUCAAACGCGCACCAAAGCCCUUCAUUGGCAGGAUUCACAGACGGGUGCUGCAGUUCAGUGACAACCAACCAGAUUUCCUCACGGUCGACACGGUCAAGCUCUUCCGCUGGGACAUCCAACCACUGGGCCGCCAACUGAACCCGUACAAGACACAACUGUUGCUGACCACGUGGGACAAGGAGUCUGGCAUCCCAACACACUUCAAGACCAUCGAGUCUCUGUCGAUGAACUCCUAUUGGAUGGAGGUGUCGUGCACCACCAAGAGUGUCCUACAGUCGUCCUAUAUAUAUUGCUCUCCCAUCUUUGACCGUAUGGACAACUACCGCUACUCGGUCUCAGAUCAGAAAUAUCCUGUCGACUAUCUGCUUCCCGAGUCCGAGUCAGACCACCGUCUGCAUCCAUACAAGAGACACUCGCCAUCGCUGGUCCUGUCGUCGCACAUCUAUUCACACAGCCUAAUUUCCCAAGACCAUUUCCUCCUCAAGGAUACAUCGAAUGAUAACUCUUAG